AUGGGAUUGACUAGCGCUCUGUUAACACUAGGACUGAUUGCCAGCGGUGUUUAUGGGAAUCACACUGAACCGCAGGAAGGAUAUAAUAAUGGCUUAGAUCAUUAUAGUCCGAGAAAACAUAUUGACAAUGCUAGUGAAGAGGAUCAUCAUGCUAGCCAUAAUGGAAAUGUUGGUGAAGAGGAAACUUAUCAUCAUGCAAACCAAGCUAAAAGUGAUGGUUUAGUUCAUUAUAAAAGUGGCCAUAAUCCGGGAAUACAUACUGAAAAUGGUAGUGAAGAGGAUAACUAUCAUCAUACUAGCCAUAUUGGAAAUGUUGGUGAAGAGGAAACUUAUCAUCAUGCAAACCAAGCUAAAAGUGAUGGUUUAGUUCAUUAUAAAAGUGGCCAUAAUCCGGGAAUACAUACUGAAAGUGUUAGUGAAGAGGAACACUAUCAUCAUGAAGAAAAUUCUCGUCAUGAAAACCAAGCAGAAAGCUUCUAUAAAACUGAAGGAAAAAACUAUAUUUUUGUCACAUUUCCUCAUUAUGGAUAUCUUAAUAAUAAUGGGCAUUCCCUGGAGGUUUUCAAUGAAAAAUUUCGUAUGGUAGGUGAGGGCUUUUCUUAUGAAAUAGAGCCCCGUGCUUUUAAUAUACAACAGAAUGAAACUCUGCAUUUCAAUGGCCAACAGGCUACUAUUGAAUAUAAUCGCAUGGAUGUGAUCAUAGAAUUUCCGGAUAAAAAUGUAAUUGCGAAAAUGCGUGAAUAUUUAUUUAUGGGUGAUCGUGAAGGUUUUAAUCAUUUCAAGCAAUUGAUAAAAUUGCCUAAUCGUGACAUUGAGGUAUAUUUGGAGAGCAAUAAACACCAAAAUACAAAAUCUGGUGCCAUAAUGCAAACUGGUUUAACGAGACAUCAAGCCCUCUAUAUAGGUAUAAUUCAUAUUUGCAUCACUCUUUAUUACUCAAAUGUAUUCACAAAGGUUUUUUAACAAAUUCAAAAUUUUGUUAAUAAUUUUUUAAAAAAUAAAAAGA